UGCAGACUAUGGCUGAGGAAAGAUAUAUAAGAAGUGCACUCACUAUCUAAUAAUAACAUAGUUUAAAAGAAUAAGACAAUAGACAAGGGAACAACUGUUUUGAUAUAUUUAUAGACAGAAAACUAAUUAUUGUUAUAUAGCUCAACACGCUUAAGGUUAGUAUUAUUGUUUAAAUCUUAUUUUCCUUGAUUUUUUGAAAGUACCAUGCUUUACCAUGACUCAGAGAAAAACACUAUUUUGUGAAGUAGCUAACAUAGCAUAAUCAGAUGCAGCUUUAUUUUUAGUAACAGUAAUACAGAAACUCCAUCAUACAAUAAGUUUUAAAAUUAAUUGUAUUUAUCAACACAAGCCAUCCAGCAUUUAAUACGAUAUUCUAAAAUCGAUCUUACUGCAGUGUGUCUCAAACAAGUGUCUCACACCAGCCAAUGAGCGAACGCACAGAGUAACGUUAUAACAUAAUUUUCAACACACUCAAAUGUAUCUAAUAUGAUAAACAGAGCUGCGUUACCUCAUACUCAUGACUGGAAAAGCGGAAGCAGCGCCGGCGACUGUGGCAUAAUAAAAGUUCCGCUGCUCGCUAUGUGUGUUGCGCAAUCACUCCAGCGGAUUUGUUCAGCUCCCACAACACUCGGUCCUGCUCUGCUUCAUACUACAGUAACGUUAAUAAUCGCAUCCAUGAACAUGAUUUCUUCCCGAGUCCUAUCCCAAUUCUUUUCCACCGGCCGUUGAGGUGAAGACCACAUGUCCCAAGAUUCCGCGCUCAAACUUUGCGUUAUCAAGCUACGAUUUUGUUUUGAAUAGGCCUCUAGCGGACAGAAAAUAUUACAUAUUCCACCUUUAAGUGCUUCUUUUUGAAAGAUAAAUAGAACACUGCAAUGAUACCUUGCCCAGACCCGUACCACUGUCCCUCUCAUCUGGAGACCUUGACUUUGACUGAUCAAUUGUUUGUCUACAAAGAAAAAACUCUGGAAGAAAGUCUUGUAGAAGGUUGCUGUGGAAUAAAGCCUAACAACAGAUAUGAGGUGAAGGAUGACAUCGGGAACAAAAUUUUUACUAUUCUUGAGGACAACGAUUGUUGUAACAGGACUUACUGUGCUGCAGCACGUUCCUUCAUAAUGAAUGUUUUUAACAACUCAAAUCAAGAGAUCAUCAGACUGGUGCGACCAUUUGUUUGCAACUGCUGCAAAAAUGAGCUGGAGGUUCAGUCUCCACCGGGCGUUACCAUCGGAUAUGUUCAACAAAACUGCCAUGUUUGCUUACCUAAAUUCACAAUUGAGAAUGAACGAGGUGAACCAGCAUUUAAGAUUGCCGGACCAUUUUUACCUUCCAUUUCCUACUGCGCGGAUGCAAACUUUGAGCUGGUGUCUUUGAAUGGGGCAGCAAUAGACAGAUCAUUUGGCAAGAUCGUCAGACCUUUCUCAUGCUGUGGACCAAAUGCAGAUGCAGAUUUUGUGCUGAGGUUUCCAAGAAACUUGGAAGUCAAAAUGAAAGCUACACUACUAGGGGCCUGCAUACUUAUUGACUGCAUUUAUUAUGAAGAGGUACAAUAACAUGAAACUUUGGCCUACUUCAGAAAGAAGGUGGAAGAGAAAUGUCUACAGACUGCUUGCCAAAAUAUCCUACAAUAAAGGCUGAAGAGAGAAGAAUAGUUAUUGUA